AUGUUUAACCCACACGUGUUAGAUUCUCCAGCUGUCAUUUUUGACAAUGGGUCCGGGCUCUGUAAGGCAGGCCUGUCUGGAGAGGUUGGCCCCCGCCACGUCGUCCGCUCCGUCGUGGGGCACCCCAAGUUCAAGAUGCCUUCGGCGGGGGCCAAUCAGAAGUACUUUGUGGGGGAAGAGGCCCUGCACAGGGACGAGGUCUUACACCUGCACUACCCCAUCGAGCGAGGCCUGAUCACAGGCUGGGACGACAUGGAGAAGCUCUGGGAGCAUCUCUUCGAGUGGGAGCUGGGGGUCAAAGCCAGAGACCGGCCGGUGCUCAUGACGGAGCGCUCGCUGAACCCCAGGGAGACCCGGGAGAAGAUGGCCGAGGUGAUGUUUGAGAGUUUCGACGUGCCCGCCUUCUACCUGUCGGACCAGGCCGUGCUGGCCCUCUACGCCUCGGCCUGCAUCACGGGCCUGGUGGUGGACAGCGGGGAUGGGGUCACCUGCACCGUCCCCAUCUUCGAAGGCUACUCCCUGCCCCACGCCAUCACCAAGCUUUACAUGGCGGGGAGAGACAUCACGGAGCACCUCACCCGGCUGCUGCUGGCCAGCGGGAGGACCUUCCCGUGCGUGCUGGACAAAGCCCUGGUGGACGACAUCAAGGAGAAGCUCUGCUAUGUGGCCCUGGAGCCGGAGAAGGAGCUGUCGCGGAGGUCAGAGGAGGUGCUCAGGGAGUACAAGCUGCCCGACGGCAGCAUCAUCCGUAUCGGGGACCAGCUGUACCAGGCGCCCGAGGCCCUGUUCUCGCCCGAGCAGCUGGGCAUCCAAAACCCGGGCCUCUCCAAAAUGGUCUCCUGCAGCAUUGCCAAGUGUGACGCCGACAUCCAGAAGAUGCUCUAUGGGGAGAUUGUGCUGUCCGGGGGCACCACGCUCUUNNGGGGGCUGGAUGGCCGUCUUCUGAUGGAGCUGGAGCAGGAGGCUUCCAAAGGGACCCCCAUCAAGAUCACAGCGCCGCCCGACCGUUGCUUCUCCACGUGGAUUGGCGCCUCCGUCGUCACCUCCCUAAGCAGCUUCAAGCAGAUGUGGGUCACCUCUGCAGACUUCAAGGAGUUUGGGACGUCCGUGGUUCAGAGUAGGUGCUUCUGA